AUGGAUCGUAGUUGGAUUAACGCUCUAAGAACAAGUGACGAAUAUGAGCAUGGGGUGGAUCAAUUUUUGGAAUUUACAAAGAAUAAUGUUCCUAAUAACAAUGGAUUGUUUUAUUAUCCUUGUGUUAAAUGCAUGAAUGGGUUGCGACAAGUUACAACAGAAAUAAAGGAUCACUUGAUUUGUUUUGGGUUCUACAAAGCAUAUAGACAAUGGGUAUUGCAUGGUGAGUCUAAAAAACAUAAAGUGUGCCAGAUUGAGAAAGAUGAUAUGGAUAUGGAUGAGCGAGUGGAAGAUAUGAUUCAUGAUGUAGGUGUUGAUGUUGUUGAGCAAUUACAUAAAUAUAGUAACUUGUGCAAUGAUGCCGAAAAGCCUUUAUAUCCUGGGUAUAUGCUUCCAGAAGGUAAUAUACUUCCAGAUCGUAAUUAUGAGGCAAAGAAGAUAUUGUGCCCAAUGGGAUUAGGAUAUAAAAAGAUACAUGCUUGCCCCAAUGACUGUGUAUUAUAUAGAAAGGCAUAUGAUGAGCUGGAUGCAUGUCCGGUCUGUGGGACAUCACGUUAUAAAGUAAAAAAGAUGGAGGGUGGUGAUGUUAUUACUAAGGGGCCUCCUGCAAAGCCAGGAAAUGAUAUAGAUGUUUAUCUAGCACCGUUGAUUGAUGAUUUGAAGAUGAUGUGGGAGGUAGGUAUAGAUAUAUUUGAUGCAUAUCAUGAAGAGUCUUUUAAGUUAAGAGCUAUGAUUUUUUGCAUAAUAAAUGAUUUUCCUGCUUAUGGAAACUUAUCUGGAUAUAGUGUUAAAGGGCACAAUGCAUGCCCUAUAUGUGAAGACAGGACAUCUCACCAGCAGUUAUCACAUGGAAAGAAGACAAUUUAUCUUGGUCAUCGAAGAUUUCUUGAACGAGGACACCCUUAUCGAAGGAAGAAAAAGGAAUUUAAUGGCUUUCAAGAGUAUAGGGACCCUCCAGAGCCACUUACUGCAGACCAAGUAUAUGAACGGGUGAAAGACAUUGAUACAGUAUUGGGUAAAAGCCAAAAAAGAGUAACUGAGAAGAAUCUCUGGAAGAAGAAGUCUAUCUUUUUUGAUCUCCCUUAUUAG